AUGGAUCAAGAAAGGCUCCCCUCUCCCCACGUCCUCAUCUUCCCCUUACCCCUCCAAGGCCCCGUCAACUCCAUGCUCAAACUUGCUGAGCUCCUCUGCCUCGCCGGCCUGCGUGUCACCUUCCUCAACACCCACCACAACCACCGUCGCCUCAUCCGCUUCUCUGACAUGGCGGCCCGUUUAGAACAGUAUCCUUCUCUCCGUUUUGCAACCAUUUCCGAUGGCCUCCCCGAGGACCACCCGCGAUGUGGCCCCCGAAUCAUGGAGAUGUUCGAGUCUUUGGAGGCGGCGACGAAGCCUCAUUUUAGGGAGUUGCUGGUUUCUGGAGGAUUCACGUGUGUAAUAGCAGAACUGGUAAUGGGUUUUCCUUUAGAUGUGUGUGAAGAGGUGGGAGUUCCUGUAUUUUGUUUUGAUACCAUCAGCCCGAUUUGCCUGUGGGUUUAUGCUUGUAUUCCCAGGCUCAUUGAAGCAGGGGAGCUUCCUUUCAGAGGAAACAACAUGGAUGAACUCGUAACAAAUGUGGCAGGCAUGGAAGGCAUUCUCCGGCGCCGUGACCUUCCACACUUCUGCCGUGCCGCCGACCUCUACGAUCCACACUACAAUGUAGUCUCCACCGAGAUCCGGAAAAUCCGGCGAUCUCAAGGACUCAUACUCAACACCUUUGAGGAGCUUGACGGCCCCACUCUCUCCAAUCUACGUUCUCUCUCUCCAAACACUUAUGCCGUCGGUCCACUCCACCGUCACCUCAAGGCCAGACACGCUGGAGCGUCCCAGUCGUCCAACAGCGUCUGGAAAGAAGACCGAAGCUGCAUGGCUUGGCUCGACGCACAACCGGAAGAAUCAGUGAUCUACGUGAGCAUUGGAAGCGUUUCGAUGAUGACGAAUGACGAGGUGCCAAGUGUGCUGUUGGAGGCUACAAAAGAGAGAGGGUGCAUGGUGAGUUGGGCUCCCCAGGAGGAGGUGUUGGCCCACCCAGCCAUUGGCGGGUUUUUGACGCACAGUGGAUGGAACUCAACCAUAGAGAGCAUUGUGGAGGGGCUUCCCAUGGUUUGCUGGGCUUACCACAUCGACCAACUGGUUAACAGUAGGUUUGUGGGGGAGGUGUGGCGGCUUGGGAUGGACAUGCAAGACAGGUGUGAUCGGGCCACUGUGGAGAAAAUGGUAAGACAUGUAAUGGAAGAGAGGAGAAACGAGUUCAAGAAGUCAGCUGAUCGGAUGGCGAUGCUGGCGAGGGCAAGUGUUGAUGAAGAAGGGCCAUCGUUCUGUGAUUUCAACCGUUAUUGA